AUGUUUGAUGCGAAAAAUAUGAUGUGUGCCUCCGACCCUCGUCAUGGUCGUUACCUAACUGCAAGCGCGUUAUUCCGCGGCAGGAUGUCAACGAAGGAGGUCGACGAGCAAAUGCUCAACGUUCAGAACAAGAAUUCGAGUUACUUUGUCGAGUGGAUCCCCAACAACAUCAAGAGUGGCGUCUGCGAUAUCCCUCCUAAGGGUCUCAAGAUGGCUGUGACAUUCUUGGGUAACUCGACGGCUAUCCAGGAAAUGUUCAAACGUGUUGCUGAGCAGUUCACUGCGAUGUUCCGGAGGAAGGCGUUCCUCCACUGGUAUACGGGUGAGGGUAUGGACGAGAUGGAGUUCACUGAGGCCGAGUCUAAUAUGAACGAUUUGGUUUCGGAGUAUCAACAGUAUCAGGAUGCCACUGCGGAGGAGGAGGGAGAGUUUGAUGAGGAGGAGGGGGAGUACGACAUGGAGCCGAUGUAUUGA